AUGGAGAGGCUUUCCUCACUUGCUCGCUUCAAAGCGUCCUGUCCGUUCUUGGGCAGGACACAAUCCACUACUCUUCGUAGUUUGUGCACAUCGUCUUCCCCGCGCUUCCCCUCGCUCUCCAAAUUGACUGAGACGGCUACACAAUGUCCUAUCAUGGGUCCAGCUCUUGCUAUGCGUUCCACUCAAAUGGUUGCUGGAUAUGCCAGUGUCGCAGGCCAGGCUGACGUGCAGAAAAUUCAUCAUAGCAAGGGCAUCUUCCCUGGCACAGUUCUCUCUGAUGCUGACAUUGCCAAAUGCCCCCAUGCUUCGGCUGCUCGUGCUGCAGCUCGCAUGGCCGAGGACCUGGCUGCUGCUUCUACUCCUGUGGAAGCUGCCAAAGCGGCUGCCGUUGGGUGUCCCUUCCAUCAAAAGGCGUCUGCGAAUUCUUCUACCGUGGCGCCUGCCAAGGAAGAAGCUGCCGCCGAAGAUACGCCUGGUGCAUUCAGUUACGGCCAGUUCUACAAUACAGAGCUCGACAAGAAGCACAAGGACCAAUCCUACCGCUACUUUAACAACAUCAACAGGCUUGCGGCUAAAUUUCCAGUUGCUCACACUGCCAAUGUCAAGGACGAAGUGGAGGUGUGGUGCGCAAAUGACUACCUAGGCAUGGGAAAUAACCCGGUUGUCCUUGAGACUAUGCAUCGAGCACUCGAUAAGUACGGCGCUGGAGCCGGUGGUACUCGUAAUAUCGCAGGCAAUGGUGCUAUGCAUCUCGCUCUUGAGAAAGAGCUUGCUACCCUUCAUCGCAAACCGGCCGCCCUCGUCUUUUCGUCUUGUUACGUCGCUAACGACGCUACGCUCUCUACACUUGGCUCUAAGCUACCUGGUUGUGUGUUUUUCUCUGACUCGUCCAACCAUGCGUCUAUGAUUCAGGGCAUACGUCACUCUGGUGCAAAGAAGGUUAUUUUCAAACACAACGAUUUAGAAGACUUGGAGCAAAAGCUAAAAAUGUGGCCUUUGGAUACUCCGAAGGUAAUUGCCUUUGAGAGUGUAUACUCCAUGUGCGGUAGCAUUGGCCCGAUUAAGGAGAUUUGUGACCUGGCAAAGAAAUAUGGAGCCUUGACAUUCCUCGACGAAGUUCAUGCUGUCGGACUGUACGGUCCCCGCGGUGCGGGUGUAGCUGAACAUCUUGAUUACGAGGCACACAGAGCUGCUGGUCAAAACCCUGAGCCUGUUAGGGACAGCAUCAUGGAUCGUGUGGAUAUUAUCACUGGUACUUUAGGCAAGGCUUAUGGCACGGUUGGAGGGUACAUCGCUGGCUCGCACAACUUUGUCGACAUGAUUCGGUCAUACGCUCCCGGUUUUAUCUUCACUACAUCUCUCCCUCCCGCAACGGUAGCUGGCGCCCGUGCUUCUGUCAUCUACCAGAAGCAUCACGUCGGUGAUCGUGCACUUAAACAAGUCAAUGUCCGCACUGUUAAAGCUCGUCUUGCGUCUCUUGAUAUCCCGGUUGUUCCUGGUCCUUCGCAUAUUAUUCCGGUUCUCGUCGGCGAUGCUGGUCUUGCAAAGCAAGCAAGCGAUAAAUUGUUAAUGGAGCACGGUAUCUACGUACAGUCUAUCAACUACCCUACUGUUCCGGUGGGCGAGGAGCGUCUCAGAGUCACGGUGACCCCCCGCCAUACCGCAGAACAAAUGGACGGCCUCGUUGCAGCUCUCGAUAAAACUUUCAUGGACCUCAGCAUCAACCGUCUCAGUGAUUGGGUGAAGCUUGGUGGACGUGCAGGUGUGGGCAUUGGCAAAGAAAACGAGGUCGAACCUAUCUGGAGUGAUAUGCAAAUCAAGGAAGCUGGUGCUCCACGUACACUCAAAAAUGGCGAGCAGGCAUACGUGAACAGCGACGCUGUUUCAACUGUCCGAGACAGCUUCAUGGAAUUGUUAGGCCCUAUUAUGAACGUGCAGGAUGACAAGAUUGACGGCAAGGUGGAGUCCGCUUUAGUUGAUGGUGCACUGAAAUUGGCCUCAGGAGCAAUGCACAAGGUGACUUACGCACCAGAGAGGGUGGAAGUGCCUGUUGCUCCUAUGGUUGCGGUCUCUGCCUGA